AUGUCCAUGGAUGAGUGGAAAGAACAUGGCGACAACAGUGCCAAGCUGUUCGAGGCCAUGGCCAAGGACGCUUUGAUGACUUUGAACGAAGUUCGCGAAACGAUAUCAGACAGCAACGUGGUCGCGCAUCUACAUAUGUAGUGGAGUGCUGGAUUGUGUAUCUAUCAGGUCUGCUGCAGCCUGACGGUGCCUGAGAACGCACUACAGCUAUGCAUUCGCGCAAUAACAACCAUUGCAUCUGCAAAGAUAGAUGCUGCGAACCUGCUUACUGGUCAUAAUUGGCUUGCUUAACCCAAUAUAAGGAAGAGUUCGAAAACCUUCACGCAGCUCUCCGGAAGGCACACGAGAACGAGCGUCGAUUGAUUAAGAAGUCCAAGGAGCUGGCUAAGGAGUUGCACAAUUACCAAACAAAAGUGUCGGACACGCUGCAACAGUCCGAAGGCAAUCACGAAUUGUGCCUGCAGUUGAAUGCGGACAUCAAGGGACUUGGCAAGAAGAUUACCGACAUAUCGAGGUGAAAAAUGUGAUGUAAUGCUGCAGGUGCAAAAAGAAAUAGAAAAACAAAAGCCGACAGCGAUCUGCCCCGUGUGGACCCUAAGCGAGAAACUGCCCUUUUGUAUGACGUGACCAGUUUACUUCACGCAUUGCGGGCAUCAGAGUCGCAACCGGGUUGCACCGGCUUGAUCAGAGCUGCGCUCUCGCGGUAUCGUGUAAAUGAAAAUAGAAGAUGAUCAAGUGCUGUUUAUGCUCCUGCCAGCGCUGCCAGGUGCGGGCUCAGUGUCGCUUCUCUGCCGCCAUGUAAAAUAGACGCGAAAGCGUGCAAAUUUGAGGACGUCAAAUGCAACUUCAAGCUCGAAAGCGUACAAAUAUGGGAACUUCAAACUUAUUGUUAUUUCGAGCACUGCAACAGCUAUGCGUGUGCCCAGUUAGAGCGGGGCAGCGCGUUUAAAUAAAAACGAACUCCUGCUGGGUUCAAUUGGUAUAAAUCCACUCGGUCGACGGAUGGGAGAGACCUGAGCUGCUUCGUGUGGGCAUCUUCGCUCAUUUGUGACGGUUUCGAUACGAAACAAUCAGUGGAAAUGAAAAGCGGGACUCAAGAAGCAUCGACGCGGCCCGGCAUAUCCUGGGGAGCCUGGUCGUGGUCUCUACGGCCAAAGGGGACCCGAGCGCGGAACACUUGGUGAAGCGCGGGGCACUUUCUGUAUUUAGUUUUGUUUUUUUUCUGGCUCGCCAGAUAGUUUUAAGACUAUCGAAGAAGCUUGUGCUCGCCUUGUUUUUUUUCUGGCCGGGCAUUAGCUUGGGGUGGGAGUUUCCCCGUCGACUUCGUCAGAGUCUGGGUUCGAGCAGCUCUUGGCCCUUACCCGGAGGCUUUCGAUGGUUUGAUCGGUGGAUGGGGAUCGCUUUCUAUCUCCUGAACGCUACGGGUGGACAGCUGGCAACCCUGGCGGACACAAAACGGGUGUCCGUCCGCUACUAAAACGGCCGGCGUUCGGACUUCUGUGAUGCAGCUGGCGACUAACCGAGGACCGAGGGCAGGCAAUUAACCUCGAGGAAGCUAGCGCAUCACUCAGACAGUUCCGGGCUCACCUGAUGGCAACCUGCGCGAUCAAAGAAGCUUUUCUCGCAUUGUUUUUUUUUUCUACAUGGCAGCGGACCCGCUUCAUUUUCAGUUUCGGAGCGCUUUCCCGUCUGUAUCCGCAGGGGGUUGCGCACGUGUCUGUAGACCGCUUCAGUUUUUCAGUUUUCAGAAGCGCCCCGCGGUCGGAAUGCUUCUGAUGGUAGACGUGGGUCAGGAAUUUUGCGGCUUCGCGCCGUCAGUUUCAGGCUCAGGCGCGCUUUCCGGUCCAUUUCCGCCGGGGCGCCCUUCUACUUUUUCGCGUUUUUGCGCACACCGCCGCCCUCCUGGUCGGAUUUCAGAAAAACGACGGCGCUGAGCUUGGCCGCCCACUUUAUCACGCCCGGGGUGCCUACCCGUAGCCCAGGGGCUUGGGAAACUGCCACAAGGCCAAUACCGCCGGGACUUAUGAAAUUGCCACAAGGCCAAUACCGCCGGGAUUUUUGACACUGCCACAGGGCCAGUACCGUCGGGAUUUGACCGCAGAAACGGCGCAAAUGUACCCCGUGCAGGCGUGUCCACCUGACGCGGCUUCCAACCCUGGCAGGGGGUCAGGGCUAAAAUAUUCUUUCCGCCUGGCAGGGCCCGACUUUGGCGGCCCGAAGGGGCUCCCGGAAAUGGGCAAAGUGGCGCAGCUUUUUUGGCUCCGCCUUUCUCCGCCCCCCUGCCCUCCGUCGUUCAUGACGUAGGCCCCGACGGCAGGGUGGCCUGCAGAGGGGGCUAGUUUGUCUGAGGGGGGCUAGAAAGGAUGCCCCGCUGCGGAUCGGCCGGAUAUCGCCUGCGGCAGGGAAGUCGUUGACCCCGCGCCGGCCUGCAGGCCCCUGCGGUAAGCCUCGAAGACAAAUCCGGAAUCCGGCCCCCGGAGGCCGGCGGUGGGUGCCGUGCAUUUUGUGCCUGCAUGCACGCACUAAAGGUAGCAGCGUCGUGCCUCAUCCCGCCCGGCGUCGGCAGUGUUCCGGUGGAAAGCGACACACUUGGCCCCUACUCUGCGGCCCAAGGAGCAGGGCCGGCCCUCUAAUAGAUGGCGCAUCUUCUUGGCGGGGCAAAGUGAGGAAAGCGCUGGCGGACAUUCGCGCUAUCCAGAUGCCCACUCACGCACUCGGUUACCACCAUCGCCAUCCGGGCGCAGCCUUCAUGCCGUGAGAGAAGCCGCUUGGGGGGCCGCCCCCGCCGUAGGGGUCGUUUGCCGAAAAUUUUAAAGGGCCCGGCGCGGGUUGCUAGCUGAAAGGCAGGGGGGGCGCGUUGGCUGGCCCAGGGCCAGCGCGAAAGAUUCGGUGCCGGCCGCGGCGUUUGUUUUCGUGAAUUCUGCCAUGACCGUAGCGGCCCGGCUUGCGUCACGUUUGCCUCCUUGAUGUAACAACACUGAGAAAGUCUCAACGAAGCGACAACUAUGCGAAUCGUACGAGAAGCAGAUUGCGGACCUGCUUAUGGUAUUGCUAGAGCGGCAAUCGUCAAAAUACAUGAGCGCAGGUGGGCGAUGACACGGCUGAUACAAAAGCGCAAACACGGAAAAUGGCACAAACGCAGCGAGCCCUAGGCACUCAGAGUGCCUCGCUAGCGAUAACGCCCCGAGAGAUCGAGGUAGCGGAUUUUGAGUGCAACGAGCACGACAGCGAGGCCCGGCACGCCGUUCGCCCCGGGCUGCGUCCUUGCCGUAGCUGCGAGCCUUUUUUCCUCGCGCUUCAGCGGGGAUUGUUUUUCGGUUGGGAGCUUUUGGAGUUUUCCUGCGGAGGGCCCUCUUUUCCAAAAGUGCCCGGAGGUGUUCUGCCGGCAGCCUUGUGGUAAGCCAGCACGGAUUGUGCGAAAGGCCUGCCACCCUAGACGCGGCCUACUCGCGCUACAGCCAAAAGGGUGCCCGCAGUGCGGCUGCGAAGGGCAUGCAGCGCAGCUGGUGUCGCACUCGCAGCGCAGCUGGUGCUGCGGAGGUUGCUUGCAUUUCCAGCAACCGCGGGAGCGGCCGCGGGCAAAGCAGUUUCUUAGGCGGGGCAGCUUGGUAAAGGCUGCAGGUUUCGGGGUGUGCCGGCGAGAAAGUUUGCUGCCCAGCCAGCGCCGCGGCUUCGCCCCCGCAAGUUCAUGGCAGCUUUUUCAGCAACUACGCGAAGCCCAUUCAGGCGACUAGAGCGGGGCUCCGGGUGCCGCCCUUGGGCGGCCCUCGGGCCAAUUGCUUGGCGAGCUGAUUCGCCGCGGAUGAAAGUUGCCUUCGUUCCUUGGCCACUUCCCGAAGCCCGCAGUCGCGCCAUCAUUCAGGCCCCUGGUCGAUUUUGGGCACCUACUGCUUCUGCCCCGGCCAGUACUUCUGCUUGGCCACCUGCAAGAAAACGCCGCCGGCUCGGUCUCGCCCCUGCCCCGUCGACCAUUCUGAAAGGGCGGCAAACUCUUCCCAGCCUGCCUCUCCAGUUUGGUGGCCAUCGAAAUUGCCGGCCGCUAGCGCGGCUGCCGGACGCCAGGCCGCCAGGCUAGUGCGCGCUCGAUUCCGCUUGUCGCUAAGCCGCCCCAACCGGGGUCCGCGCUUUGUUUCAUUUCUGUACCGCUGCCUCCCACCGCCGCUCGGAACCUUAGCAAACUUCCGCACUUUAGUAGGAAGAAUCCCCUAGUGGGCGUCGCGCGCGUGCUCUUGUUGCCCGUCUUCACAUGCUGGCGCUUAGCCUAGCCCUAAUGCUAAUGCGGGGCCGCUCCCGAAAAAUAAAAAAGGCGGCCGCACUGCGCGCGGGCAGCCGUUGCCAGGUGGCUUCUUUGUCGGCCAGGGCAGUUGCGCGGCGCGUAGUGCUCGAACUGCUGCCGCACUACGAAGUGAGUCUGGGACCGCGAUGGAUCCGCCCCCUCGGUCUCCAAGCGCAUAGCUUUGGCGAUUUCUAAUGGUGGCGACUGCUCCAGGCCAAAGUGUGGCGCGAGCCGUUCUGCCGUCGUGCCGUCUAUGGCCCUGCGAACGCUUCGGUGGAGCCGAGGCGCGGGCCCUGCGAUUUGUAGAGGCCACGCAAAGUAGCGCGACAGGAACUUCAUCUGGUGACGCCCGUGCGUCGGGUGUUGCGAAGUGGCCGACGACGCCUCCGCAAAAGCCUUCGAGGGGGCCGGGGACAGUACGCGCGCUGUGUCCGGGGGUCUCGGUGGCGAAAGCACUUGCAGGGGGGCCGUAGCGUUCUAGAUGCAGAAGCGGCGGCCACUUUUCUUGGUUUUUCGCGGCCUUGCGGCGUGCAGGAGUUGCUACCCGACCGCGGGCCCGGAGAUUCCACGCAGCCCGGUCGCGCUCGCGAGACGGCAGGAAGGUGCCCGACCAACAUGCGGCCAGGCCUUGUUGCGGUCAAUCUAUGAUGCGGCCCCACCCAAGACCCGGGGCCUGACUUAAAGCCGGGCCGGCCCGGCGGCCUCGUUGGUAGCGCCCCAGUCGCUGACCCAUGCCUCGGCCGGCGUUCACACGAAAACUAGACUGGGCGCGGGGGAUGACUGUAAGCAGGCUCCUGAUGGAUCGGGUCUAUCAGUUGGGCCUUUCGCGGGCCGGCCGAAGCAGCGCAGGGCACUUGCGCGCAGCGGCAUCGGGCUGACUUUUUCGCGUGCCACUUUGCAGAAUUCCCUUCGAAGUGUAGCGUGGCGAGAUUUGGAUCAUUUUCAACGUGAGCACAUGAUAGCCUGUUGCAGCUAGCUACUGUCUUGGAAGAAGGGGAAGCAAAGAAAACACUCGGACCGUUUUCAUAGACCCGGGCUCCCAGAUUUUGAUGAUUUCUAGGCGGACGCCGCGAUACCGCACGCAAGCGACCAGAAUGGCGUAACGGCCGAGGCUAUCCAGCAGAGCACACAAUCGCACCUCUAUCGUAGUCAUCAACUAUUUGGAGCUGGUGCAAUUUUUUAGUGUCGCGCGCAACGCAGCGGAACGCCGAUUGCCGCAUGGGAGGAAGGCGGUGGCUUAUCAGCUUGGUCCGCUUGGGGGACGACCCGUCCGAGCCACCGCUUGCAGUGGUCGAAGCUCUCCAUAGGGCAACAAGCGCGGCAGGAUGGGGGCGAACGCCUCCACUGCACCGGGGUGUUCCUCUCGAAUCAGGCACGGGAGGCGCAGCCGCACGUGGUGCGGGCGUGUUUGUUUCGUGUUUUCCACCUGGUCGAGGCACGGCCCUUGUCUAGCUGGAUGGGCGACCGCUAGGACUUGUCGCCGCGCGCACCGAAGCCCCCCGACCUCGCGAGCGCGGGAAGCGAAAGAUGCCGGACUGCUUUCGAACAAAUCUUGCGGGGGGCCUAAGUCCCCUGCUGCCCUCCCUCUUCCUGCGCACUGCAGGCGAAGGCCUCGCGCGCGGAGAUGUAAAGGCUAGCGAGAAACUAAUGGCGGCCGGGGAUUUUCAAGAAAAAAGUCUAAGAUGGCCAAUGCUACAAAUCGUAGGUACGUGUGGCCCACGCGCACCGAGGGCUUUGCCCUCCCCCCUGCUGCGCCUCGUCGAGUUCCAGCCCCAAAAACUCCGGCGCCCGCCGGGAAGGGGACUUCGCUUGCGAAAGCGCAUGGACUUGCAAAGAACUGGAGAAAGUUGGGUGGAGGCAUGCCAAAGAAGGGCGUGGGAAUCAAUCGUGCGGGGGGCCCGAGCUCCCAUCGGCCGCCCUUCCUGCGCAUCCGUCUCUUGAUUUCGAAGGCGACAGCCUCAGGGCUUGGCGCGCGAAGUCGUAAGGGCGUGCGAGGCGUUAAACCAGGACGAAUGCUGCGAGGGCUAGAGAUGAAAUGCCGAAGCGGUAGAAGUUGUUGGGAGUCACUUUAUCAGCUAGUGAAAGGCCACAGAUCAUGAUCAGGGAAGGCCUAAAAACGCGGCGAAGCUAUAGUAUAUUCGGGAAAGCUUGAAGACUAUUGAGACCCUGAAGGCCGAAAGGUGGAAUGGGAAUGGAUGCUGAAAGUAAUCGCGAUCUUUCAUCGCGGAAACUUAGAAGGCGAACCUCUGGCGUCAGGAGGCCCGACGCGUGUUGAGAGCUUACGCGCGGGAAGAAAAUGCAUGUCGAUGGAAAUAGCUUUCGACUGUUGGAAAAGAAUUGAUGGCGCGGGAUACCGCACAGACCCAGUCCGCCUAGCGUAGCACAUACGCAGCUCCGGCAUGUGCUAUAGUUUUUGCUUCUUUCCGUUAGCUGGCACGACAUCAGCGACGGUCUCCAUCCAGCCCCUUCAUGCGUUGCCUCGGGGCACGCAGAGGCUCGGCGCCCCGCCCUGGUCCCAUGAUGAGGCCAGAGGGCAAGAAGCGCAAGUGAGGGAUCGAACGCCGCCGCUGCCUAGACUGGGCGACGCACCUAGUAGGUUUGUUUCCGGCUGGCUACUUUUGAGUGCGGUUAUUUCACUAGCUUCACUGACGAGUUACGCUUACGUCCAGCUAGUUUUAUAGCUCGCUGCGUUUCGAAGGCACUCCCUCGACAAACUACGAAAGAGCUUGGUCGGACCGAUAACGGCAGCAGUUCCGUGUCUGAUGCCUCGCACUCCGUCUUCUUGUGCGGAGGCUUUUGCCUCGUAGCCGCAUCAUCAGCAACGCGAACGCGCGUGAAUUCCAAAUGUUUUUGAAUAGGGUAUGGGUGUGCUUUUCGGUACGAUUGCGUACUACGCCCGCCUAGAAAGUACGAAGCGCGAGCGUAUCAUGACCAGGGGAGUUGUGCGUGAAUCUUUCGCGACGCCAAUUGAUGAGGGAGAUGCUCCUUCUUUGUGCAUGCUGUAGGAGCGGAACGCAGCGAAGAGACUUUCGCGCUGGAGUUGUGUUACGCGUGCCGCCUUCCUUACGCUAUCUUCUAAAGAUGGACACACAGGCUUGACAGUUAGUAAGAAUGACACUGAGGCUGAGGCUCCUCUUGGCACGCGAACGCGAUGUGAUCCUGUUCCUGAGUCUGAAAUGUUUGCAAUGCAAAAAAAGCCUGACCUUGCAGAAAGAGCUUCAACAGCGCGAGGUGGAUCGAGCCAAAGAGGAGUACUUCAGGAAAAUUGGGGCUAUUGAUCACCCUCUCGCAGUCGAACGAGAUUUCGCUUCUCAGUAAGGCGCCAACGCUGUAAUGGGAAUGGCAGAGCUCAUUUACGAUGUAGUUGCAGUGGCAGGUGAAAGAUCUUUAGGUUUGCUGUCACAGGGGGCUAGCCAGCUACGUGCAAAGUUGGUCACCGCGUCUGGGAUGCGUUGCUUUGAUUUUGAUUUUGCCGUUGCUUUGACACUAGCUCGUUCACCGCUAAAGCGAGCAGUUUUUGGUCUUGCUGUAGUGCUUAAGCUCCUUCAAGCUUUUGCAAAGGACUUGUUCUCCGGAUGCAAUAGCUGUAUUUCAGACAGUAACUCGUGCGCCAUAAGACGCGAGCAAAGGGUUGAUUUUGAUUUUGCUCCAAGCCUAGAUGGUGGUAACCGGAGGUGCAGGGCAUGACUCCGUGUUUUUCUGUAUCCCCCCGGCGGCGUCAGUGUGGCUCUCCUUCUGCUUCUACAACAAGGGAGUCAACAGUGUGACCCCUGAGAGGGUGCGUGGCGCUGUGGUUCUUGAGUCCAGUUUGACGUCAGGUUGAGCACCUGAGGCGUGUUGCUCAUCACUGACGACUCUUUGGAGGUUGAUUGGCCCACACGGAUGAUGUAGUAGUGUUGUGCAAGUCUGGAGCUCCGCUGGGGCUGGUUCUCGGACUCACUCACACAACUGGGCGACUCCCUACUCUUGGUCGCUCACCGCUAAAACGACCAGCGUUUGGUCUCGCUGCGGUGCCUAGGCGCUCUCAAGCUUUCGCAACAGACUUGCUCUCGGGAUUCAUUAGCUGCAGAUGUCAGACAGUUACUCGCGGACCAUGAGACGCGAGCAAAGGGUUGGCUUUGUCUUUGCCCCGAUUGGUAAUUCCUUUAGCAGAGCUCGGCUUUUUUGAAAUGCUCAGGACUCUUGUGUCAGCUUGGAAUCAGUACAGUGUGGCGAUUCGUUUUGGAUGCCCGUUCGUGUGUCUUUCUUCUACUUGCCUAGUUAUAGUUUUGUUUCUUAUCUUUCCCUCGUCCUGAUGUGUGGUUCAUCUCUUCGGUUUUCUAUAAAGCGAGCGCGGGGCUUCGAUUUGCCCCUGUCGGUUUUCGUUCCCAUUUCCGCCCGCGGGGAAAGUGGCCGCGGUGUGUGUCGUGGCAGUUUGCGCGAAUUUCCAGGCGUACAGAAGUCGGAUGCGUGCGCGCUUGAACUGUUGUUUAUUUGGUUCGGCGCCUCGCUUCCCUCCAAAAUGCCCUGCGCGCGCGGCGCAUAGCAGAAGAGCAGAUCGAGCGAGGGAGGAGUGCGCCACACGUCCCCGGCCGUGGAAGGGGCCCGCCCGCUAGCCGCUUUCUUCUGAAGCAGGCUCAUGGAGGAGCGCACGCUGCGCCAGCCUGAGGAGGAGCGCCGCAUGGAUGUAAGUCGCUGGACUAAAAAGGAGCCCCCGCAUCUUCUCCGUCUCGCCACCGAGAGUUGUGCCCCCCUACUUCGUCUGGCAGGGGGGGCGCAUCCCCGUUCGGGGCUCCUUCCGAGGCAUGAUUGCGCUGCGCAGGGGCCGGCACCCUCCGCCGCCCCUGUCCAAGGAAGAAGCCGGGUCCUAGUUUUCUGCCGACCGGGAUAAAAGGCCCGCGACAUUGGGUCCGGGCCUUUCUGUUGGGCCCGUCGGAUACAUUUCAGCACACGGCCACCGCAGCGGGGUGGCUGGCUACCUCUAUAUCCUGUCUCGCUGGGGCCCUGGCGCCUCGCGUGCGCGAGGUGACGAAGCUGAUCUCGGGUGCCUUCUUGCUCGUAUGCCUACUUAAGCUCUCUGGCGUUCGAAGUGGUGCUUCGGGACCACUCCUGCAGGAGGCGGUCGGUGUGUCCCCUUCGGCACGGGAGGAGUCUCGUCGCUGCGGAACAGGAGACGGCGGAUUCUGUCGUUGCUCCAGCAGUUUUUCGCGUUACAAACCACGGCGAUUGGCCGUGUUCUGCAUGUCGUUAUGGCUUCAAGUCGUGAAAUGAGCCUGGCCCCCUUUUUUACCUUUUUCCCAAUCAGAAUGUGCCAUUGGCCCUGCUUUCGUGCGAGUUCAAAAAAGUAUAGUCUACCAAGUUCCACAAACACGCGUCGCCCAUUCGUGCAUCUGUGCCAUGCAGUUGAUGAAACAGAAAUGCUCGAAGGGAUGCAAAAGCAGAAGUGCUAUUUGGAGAGCAGAGGGGGCGCCAACCCCUUCCAUUGCUCUGCACCGUGAUCAAUGUCCCCGUUUGCUGUGCAUGACGACGCGCAUCAUCUGACGAUGGUUUUUAUCAAUCAUAAAAGUACACUUGCGUACAGCUCGCGUUGCAGACGGCAGAUAGCUUUGCGCCUCAGCGCAAAGGUCCAUUCUAUAGACUGCAAGGGAGCCCUUUUCUGAUGUAGUCCUGCGACGCAUGUACAAUAUGCGAUACUUUUGCAGUGCAUAGACCCCGAGCGAACUCGGGAGGAGGUGCACGUAUUGCUGGCCAAGACAUGCAGAUCGGAAGCCGGAAUAGCCGCGUUACGUGAGAGGAUAAACGAAAAGCGCCGAGAGGCGGACGAAAUUACAGCUAGAAAGGUCGACCUGGAGAAGGACAUUGACGACCUGACUUUGCAAAGCGAAGAGUAUAGUACAUCGCACUUUUUUGCAAGGCUUUAUCUAUACUGGGCGACGCACUAUGACCGAAGAAGAGACGAAGCCGGAAAGGAGUAGGGGGAACCAGGCAGCAGGGGGAGAGGGAGGAAGGAAGGGAGGAAAAAGUGGGAGAGAGGACGGGGAGGGGGCCCGGGUGCUGCGGGCAAUCGAGGAAAGUGGAUGAAUUCGGGCACGCCAGGAGUGCGGCGCAGCCGUGCGAGAGGAGAAAAGCGCCGAAGCUGACGCGCCCCAGUGAAAGUUGCGAGCAGCCGAGGAAAACAAGCAGCAGAGCCGGCUCGUGCAAAGAACAGCGAGAACGCGCUCGCGGAAAGGUAUUGAGAAAAAGGAGCGGCAGCAGCGCGGCGAAAGCCACCCGAGGGCGGCGGUUGCUCGCGCUUUGGGCGUAGAAGAAAGCAAACGCAAAGGGAAGACGCGCGCUGCCGGAAAAAUGUAGCACGAGGGAGGGGCCGCGCAGAAGAAAAGCGCCGCCGGCUUGGCUAGCGCCGGGGCGGGGGCCCCGAGUCGCUUGCCCGACUUGGCUGUGCGCGCGGCCCGCCUUGCCCUCGCUUUCUAAUGGGUUGCAGGGGGGAGGGCGUUGCGGCCGACGGGUUGGGCGGCCCUCCUCGUUCCCGGCGCCGCGCGGUCCUUGCCGGCAGUGAGGGCGAGUGGUCGACCCUCUCUACGAUGGGAAUGAUGUCGGGGUGUUGCGCACAUGCGUUGAGGCUUUGCCUGCCGUCCUUCCCAUCAUUGCCAGAGCCUGCGCCCCGGCGACAUGACAGGGAGGGCGGCGCGAGGCAUGCGACACAGGCUGCGUGCGCACUAUCUUCGGGCGGUUGGCGAGCCUGUAAGCCCGAGCAGGCAGGGAAAAGGCCAAGGUAACUUUGCAGCGGAGCAUUGUUCUCUCUAUACAUCUACCUUCUUUUUAUCUUUGCAGAAGAUCAAAGCGUUUUUUUUUGCUUUACACCGCUGAAGUACCCGGAGACAGCAACCUCUCCAUGCAGGGUUUAUGCGAAUUCCGAUGAGAAGUCGGAGUAGCUGACUUUUCGUCAUGCCACGCCUCACGUACACCAUCAGAAGUGUAGCAUUGGCGUCGGCCGCAAAAAAAAAGGUAGGCAGUUUGAUGGGAACGCGAGGGCCGGGCCCCUCGUCCUCAGUCAGCCUCGCAGCUGCUUGGUUGAAAGUGGGCAAGCGCGGCCGAAAACAGCCGUAACGCCGCCAGACCCACUCGCGCGACCGAAACUGCCCCCACCCUCCCGGCCUCUAGUGGUAUCAGGAUCGUGCGCGCGCGCUGGUAGGCUCUGCCCACACUCUUCCCCACCGCUUUUAGAGUAUGCGCUCGGACGCGGUGACAGGACGGCGCGGGACAUGUGGAGGAAAUUGCUAACGCGCUGCCCCCGGGAAAAGAAUAUAUAAUGGCUCCGCGCUUAUUUUGAAGGCGUUCCCUCGUAGAACAGGAAUUCCUGAGGGGAGCGCAAAAGUCAUAUAUUUCUCAGGAUCCAGAACCAGAUCAGACUCAGAGUCAGACUGCCUGCGCCACUGGCGCAGGCAGAGGAGCUAACGCUGAAGGGUAGGCGUCUGUGCUAUCUUUGCGCCACGCAUAAUUUUACACAUAUGACAGAAAUCGCGCCGAAUUGAGGGCGAAGCAGCAGGCUUUCUCGCAUGAAACCCAGAUUUUGCAGAAAAUCGAGCAAGCCAGCCGGGAUAUGAAUGCCGAGGAAGCGCGCCUGGAAACCGAGUACAAACGACUGCAGGAAGAGAUGCGGUUGUCGAAGCUGAAAAUCGACGAAGAAAAUAAAAGGAUACGGGCGUCGGAAAAUGAAAACGACAAAAAGUAUUCUGUCAUACGUGGGCGGAAACGCUAUCUAUGUAAGUGUGUCUAGUCAGAGGGCGAGCCUUCUAUUCUGGCGCUUUUUUUGCUACGUAUCGCGAAGUACGGGCGGCGAUUUUUGAAUCAUGUUCACAACAGAACAUCUACGGCGGACCAUCAAUCUUCUUGCGCGCCGGGGUCGUUGUCAAACAAAGCUCACUGACUUCCAUUACAAGGAAAGAGACGCGGUGGAGCCUGCAAGGCGGCGCCCUUUCCCUUCCUAGACACCCAGCGCAUUGCAUUCGCUGAACUGGGGUGACCAAAGAAGGGCACGAAAAAAGCAGAAGCGCAAAAAAAACGGCGAUCCGCUUGGUAUUGGCAGCGUUGCCGCCCUCUCUCUGAGGCCAAUAAAGCGGCCGCUCUGGGCGCCUAUUUGUGUUUCGGGAGCUCUUCCUUACGCGCAUUUGAUGAAUAACACGUAAAAGCGCAAAACUCGCCCAGUCCCGUGAGACAGGCCGCAUGUUGUGUGCCCGCCAGUGGUGCCCGCCCUAACUGGGGGCCUGGAGGGGCCAUAGCAUGCGAGAAGGCUUAGCGCGCUUCGGAGACAGAAGGUCCGCGACUCUUGGUCGCGAUUCCUUGCUACGGCUACUUUUCCACAUCGCCACUUCAUUGCUACAAGUGGACAAGUCUGCAAGUGCCGUUUGGUAUCUGCAAACUAUCCAAAAGAAUGUCGACGCCUGGGAACUACCGAAACGGACUGCAAUAUCCAAGAUUCCCUCAUGCUCGCAGAUAGAGUAGCUUUUUUUCUUAUCGUUUUUCGUAGGUCUGUUGUGCUGAAGGAGAAAUCGAGCAUCCGGAAACAACUUCGCAAGGAGAUUGACGUCCGGCUUACAGGUCUGUCUGACGCGCUUACGGAAAAAACCGUGGAAGCCGACGAGGAAAGAAAAAAGGUACGUCGUAAUUAUAAUUCCUUACAGGAGGGUAGCGCAUGGCGAAAGUUGCACCAUUCGGCGGGCACAUUUCCGAUAUGCGUUGUGCUUGUUUGCAAGUGUAGCACUUCACCGGGGCUCAUGUUUCAACAUGGUGCCUCCAGUCAAAACUGGCCCGCUGCCAAAAUAUUCUAGAAAGGGAGCGCACGCUCGUGAAAAUAGGGGCACUUAACGGACCACGAUACGUCUACGCGUUCUCGCUUCUGUGGAGCCUUGUUUGCCUGCGGAUACGUUCGCGACCCCGCGCACAUUUUCGCAGCAGUGCACGCGCCAGGCUGGUCUGAGCGCUGUGAGCCAUCAGCUGUGGCUCCGCGACUAUUUGUCCGCCUCUACCGCUUUACUUGGUGUGCUUCUAUAGAUGCUAACUGGCACGCAUUCGCCUACCCUCCGGUGCUACCACUUCAUUGGCCUGACCGGCCAGCCAGUCGUCCCAGUUCCCGGCGCGGAUUUUUUUGUAGACGCCCGACCAAUGGCCACGCACUUACCUGAGCUAAGUAUAGUAUAACUGGCAAAGCACUCACCGUCGGCAGCGGUUUCAUUUUUGCAGAAAGUGACGCUCUCAGCCCUCAAAAGUACACGCGUCCGCCCCUGUAAGGGCAAAAAGCAUUUCCCGGGGAGUGGGCGACUCCGCUUUAGCAGGUGCGUUGCGCAGUUUAACAGAAGCGCACAAACCCCGCGGACCGCCGUGCGGUUUGUGGCCAGCGAGGUAACGCGUUGCGGCUCCGUUUCAAAACGGGCAAAGCGCAAGAAGCUAUAGCGGUUUUUGCCCAAAGUAGCUGACCCGAAAAGCCGGCGCACAUUUCUGGUCUGGACCCUGUGGAAGGCCGUUACCCGACUCGACGCACGUUAGCCGGGCGCGCGUUUUUCGUCGUCACACCUCUUAUUUCCGCGGCCGUUCCCCAACACUAGGAGGGCAAUAUGGUGGGCGAAGGAAUUCCAGAUAGGAUUCCUGAGAAGAUUCCUGCCUGGAUUUCCAAACCGGGACGCUUCUUUCCGAAGAGGCCCGACUCUGGUGAGAAUUUCUUUCCGGAGAGGACCGACUCCGGUGAGGACGCUUCUUUCUGGAGCGUAAUAUUUAGUAAGGUCACGAGCAUUCUAGCCUGGCGGUUUUUUUUCCGCCAGGACAGCAAAAAAACUGCCGAAAAUUUUCAAGCCGCCGGCAGAGUUUUGACACAUCUAAACUCAUCACUUAUCAAGCAGCCGAAGAUUUGCUACCAAACAAGCCCGAGGGAAUUCUAUCGAUUGCCGCUUGACAAAUCUACACAGGGAAGUCGGCAACAGGGGCGCCCUUCUGAGGCGCCCGGCGCAAGAUUUGAAGCGCCCAGAACUGGGUGCCCAAAAAUUGCCAAGAAGGCAGAAGCGCAAGUGCGCAUGCUCUUGGCGCCAUUUUUGCCGACUUUUGAAGGCCGCAGAAGCGGCAGCCCAAGUGGGCAACUUCCAAGGUGGCGGGCAGCGCAGAGGCUGCGCUCUUUUGACUGAAAAAACAAAAGAACGCACCUGCCACCGAAAGCCAAUCCGCAUUUGGGGGCCCAUCGGGCCGGGCCGGUCGAGGACCCAGGCGGGGCCAUAGCUGUGUAGAGUAGGUGUGUUUGCGAUGUCGAAAAGCUGCGAAGCUUUUGCCGCGAUUUUUCCUGCAUCUAUGCGCCAGGGCACGCGGACUGGGAUUAACGGCAGGGGUGUCGGUACGGCGCACAGAAAAGCAACGCCCCUCCGAGCCCGGCAGGCGCAUCGCGUCAAGCCCCUGGGCACGGCGCCGCUCUGACCCCAGCACCUCCAAGGAGUCAGCUACCCUUGGCACGCAAUUAGAUCACAGAACCGCUCCGCUCUGGCAGUAAGCAAACGGGGCGCUUUUCGGGAGCGCCCGCUGAAGGGUUUCCGGCGGUUUUGGACUUCCGCGCCGGUUUCAAAAAAAAAAAAUUCGCGUGCGAAAUCAGAACAGCGUAGCCGCACGGCGCGGCCGCGGGCGAUUUCGGAGCGAACAACUUGGGCGGCCGCUGAAGCGGGCACCUUUUCGCCGGCUCCUGUUGCGAAAAAGCUUAGCAAAGGUGGCGCCCUCCAAAAUGAAGCUCGAAAAAGAGAAAGCGCGGCAAGCCCAGGAUGUUGGCCGGCCAAUUUUUGAUCCUUUUCCGACCCCAGACCUUCGGGGCUGGCUUUCGGCGAUGGGCGGCCUACAGUUAGCAGAGUUGGCGGCGCUUCCUUGUUGGCCGCCACCCCGUGCAGCCCUACACGACCCACGAGGGCGCGGGGCGCCCGGACGAAUCAACAUCGUGACGCAGCCCCACCAGAGCAAGAAGGCGCCAGCAGCCCCGCUACCCCCGCCUCGGCGACUCUAUGUAUUGGGUCGGAGUCCUGUGGUCGAAUCGGCCCCCGAUCCACGAGAAGCGGUCGACUUAGGCGAUGCAAUUUGGGCCGGCUGAUUCCGAGAAGGAUCCCGAAAGCCUUCCUGUAGGCCCCCUUGCCCAAAUCGGGCCGUCGGAGGUCUCUCCGGAACAGAGGGCUCCUUCAAGGAUUGCAAAAGCGUAUCGGGAAAUCCGCGGCUCGGGAACCCGAGGCCGCUGCCCUCCCAAGGGCCGGGGGCCGAUUUGGCCAUAGGGGCCCGGGAAGAUCUAGAUCUUACGGGGCACCCGUGUGCCCUAGUCGCGCUGCCUGCGACGGCUACCCCCUUGUUUACUGGGAGGCGAUUCGGCCAGAGGAGUCCGGAGAUGACUCCGACACGCAGUCCGAGAUCCUUCAUGGGGCCCCUGGCCCAAAAUCGGGCUGCGAGAGACGGCGGCCCAAACCGGGCCGCCUCAGAAGGCUGCGUCCCUAGGACGGGGGGCCGACUUGCCCAGAAGUCUUGCAGGGAUUUCAAAACCUCCGCCGGAAUGCGGUGGCCCAAACAAAUCGCGCCGCCUGCGACGGCUGCUCCCCUAGGGGUGGAGGAGCGAUUCGGCCCGGAGGUGCCUCCGGAAAGGCGCCCAAAACCCUUGCAGGAGUCCGCUGGCCCAGAUCGGGCCGCCGGAGAUCGCUGCCUCGGGCCGAAUCGACCAGGCUGGCUACCUCAGAGAGACCCCCUGGAAGGCCAUUGCAAUCCUCUGGCCCGAAUCGAGUCUCCUGGGAAGGCCGUGCCCGACCCCCGGAAGCAUUGGCCCGAUUUUGUCCGAGGACUGUUGGCCUGGCGGUAUGCGCAGCGUUCAGCACGUCGCGCCGAUUCCCCCGGGCUCCUAGCUUCGGCCGACUGCCGGCCCGGCAAACUGGCGCAGAUUUUUCGGCAUACCGGCGGGGCCCUUGCCGCGCCAGGCGCGCCACUUGGGAAGGGAUGGCGCCCCCGGGGGCCAAGAAGCCCAGCCCCCGGCUGGACACGCGACCCCUAUCGCCCUCCGGGCGUGACCUUUAUAUAUGAAGGGUCGCCCGUUUCGCUUUAUGCUGCAAAGGCACGGAAGGCCCACGGGAGCAGUCCCGCGCGCGCAUGGUCUGCAGAGAAGCAGGCGCCCACCUUAUUUGUCGCUGUUUCAUUAGGACCGGCCGACUCUGUUGUUGCCGCCUUACUUGGUCCCGCACCUUGCUGCGAGCCCGGCGCAGCCCGACAUACCCACCACCCUAAUCGAUUGAUAUCGGACGAGGUGAGCACGCGCUGCCCCGUUCUCGUGGGCGCGGUCCUCUCGUCGUUCGAGCGCCGGCACCAGCGUGCCGGGCCCCGGGAGCGCAAGACUGCUUCGAGAAAAUGGAAGCACUUGAUGUACGCAGAAACAAUCUUUCGCAUGGUGACUCAUAUAUGCGAUGUGUAUGCCUUUGUCCGAAUUGGAUCUCAUGAACGAUGAGGUGGAAGAAGAGCGCGCAGAAUGGAGGGGAAAAGCAGCCUACGGACGGAUGCUCUGUUUUGAUCGUUCGGGGAACGGCCGUUGGUAUAGUUUUUUUUGCAAGGCGCGACGUCUCUUGCGGGGGGCCUUUGUAGGCGUGUUUGUAUGAACCCAGGAGACAGCCUUGCUAUUGUUCGCCGAAUCGAAUGCGUAGUUUGACCGGAACCGAAUUUGUAGCCAAAGGAGGUCAGCGGGGCUUCUGAACUUUCAUAAUUAUGAGGCGGAGGAGCAGAGGAAAACACUGGGAAAAGACUGCGACGCGGAACAGAAGAGAAUCGAAAGCCUCUUGCGCGAGUAUCGCAGGGAGAAAAUUUGUGCUACGUGCAAGUCUAUGUUGCAGCAGUUUCUAUUUUUAUUUUUCUGACUCCGUCAAGGCGAAGCCUCCAAGUCCAAAUGCAAAGCACCUUAAAUUGCCAACGGUCUUUGCGCGAUAUUAUAUACAUACUUCAGUAUGCAAGUGCAACUUAUAUGCGCCUGCGAUUAGAUAGCAGAAAUAGAAUGACCUGCAAUGAAUAACAUCUGUUCUAGGAUGUGAAGCACAGGAAUGGUUCCAGGCGUGGACGAAAGAACUACGUCUCGAGUAUGAUGAUGCAUUUGCAUUGUGUACACUUUUCCCACGGAUGACAGGCGGGACAUACUCAACAAGAAUGUUGUCAAAGCGGAUGAGAAGACAAAGCAGCAAAUAGAACUGGUAUCCAUUAUAUUUUGGCGUAUGAGUCUCAAGAGAUUUGCUUUUUCGUCUGCUCAUUUCAUCGUACAGAGAGACAAGCGCCGUCGAUUCUGUGAGUUCUCUUUUUUGGGCAUAGUCCAUGUUUUCGGUCGUUUUGCGCGAUCCAAGAGGUCCUCGUACUUUUCGGACUGGCGUGUUAUACCGAGGCUAGAUCAACACCUUCACCCGAACUGCAACUGGUGCAGCUGAAAGUAAUUAAAACAGGUUCGGAACAAGGAAACGGAAGUCGCACAGCUGAAGAAGGAUAUCGCAAAGUGGAAAGUGGAAGCACAGCGCUUUCGCAAAAAGAUAUUGCAAAUGGAGUAUCUGAUUGCAAAUACAUAUCCCAAUUACAGAGCGACUGCUUUCGAUUCACAGCGGUCCUGCAAAGCACCUCCGCGCAUUGAGGCUUGUGUUUCAAAAAAUGCUGGGUUUCCUUCCGUCGAUGCAUGGUCGGGACUCGGCCGAUUCAUUAGUAUUUGUAUGUAGGCGAGUGUGUGCAUGUGCUCAUUUAUGAACUGGAACUCCGGCUGGUCACCGGAAUCCCAGCGGGGAAGGACCUGUAGCAUAAACAGACACGGCCGCAGUAAGCGACGCAGCCGGUCUCUUUUGGUGUGAAAAAGUCGGAAGAUGUACCACGCACCAGCGUCAGCGACGCGCCCCAAAAGCGACAGCGUCGUCAGAGCCCUGCUGUGAGUCAGCGAGGCCCCAGUGGGGAAAAUCGCCGAGGGCACAAGCUGCGCACCCACCUCCAUAGCGACAGAAUGAGCCGCCCGAGGUCCCCCCGCGCCGAGCUUGGUGCGAUUUGUUACGCAGCGCAGGACCGUGGUGGGGCUGGGCUUUCCGUUGGUUUCGCCGACGCGAGCAGCCCGCGCGACCGAGUUCGACUAUGCCACGCGGCACCUGCCCGCGGCAGCGGUCUCCCGGUCUGUCGGAAUCGUUGCUGGCCCUGCGGGCCCAGCGUCGCAAUUGUUGCGCAUUUGACCGCGCCUGCUUUUCAAGCCAAGCGCGCCCAGCGGACGCCCGGGCGGGCCGUAGGAAAGCCAGACCGGUGGACCGAACACAGGGCAGCAGUGGCCACGCCCUGCAGCAGGCGCACCCCGCGGGCGUGUCCUGGGCGGGCCGGCCUACUGCUAGCGAAGGGGCGAAGCCGCGGGCCCCAUGUCGAGAAUAGCCCCGCGCAUGCCUCGGGACUGGGGCACAGAGAGACACACAGCGCAGCCGGGCAGAACUUGGCGGCUUGGUCCCCCACCCGGGUCCCCGGAACAGCCGCGGGGUGUUCUCCGGUAAAGCACACCGCCCCACGGCCCUGGGAGUACGCUUGCAGUACUCCGGGGACAAGCAUAAGCCCGACCGGCGACGGCACGCACGCUCUGCAGGCGCAGAGCAGCGCCGGGGCGCCGAACACUUGGCAGCCCUUGCGGCCGAGGAGCAAAGGCGCACUGCGUCAGCCUGGCCGCGGCCGCUUCGCGGGGCCAAACAUCGGCCACACGGGCAGGAGCCGCACUCCACAGCAGUCGGCGGAGUGUUACGCAGAAGCGCGCGGCUGAGGUUUCCGGGGGGGCAGACGCCUGGCUUCCACGCGAACAAAGCGGCGCCCCCGCGUGUCCCCUGUGUCCCGACAACACUCGCGCCAAUUUAUUAGGAUCAUUCAGCAGCGGCCUAGUAAUUGGCUAGCUUUUUGACGUCUUGUGGGAGAAAAUGACCUUUGUGCUCGCAGGUGUUUUAUCUCGCGGAGGUUCUUACUGAACAACUUAGCGCCCAGGGCAGUAUUGCCAUCGAUUCGGGACGCUGCGCUCUCAUUCGCCGCCUGCAGAGCCGACGCAACGAGCCGAAAAAAUCGGAAGCGGCCGGCGUUGGUCUCGAGCGCCCGGCGUCUGAGAUUGGGGACGCCGGACCGAAAAUAGAGGAAAAGGCGCGACUCACUUCCCCAAGCCCGUGACCCAUUUCCCUAAGCGCCUCACUCGCGCACCUCCCCUGCCUCCUUUCCCCACACCCUUUACGCGACUUCCUUGUCGGCGGGGAGGCGAUGCAAGAGAGACGACGCCUGUUUAGGGUCUAGGGGGCAGAGUUCGGCGUUUAGGGGCGUCGAGGCCCGGCCCCGCCGAUUUUCUCCCGCUGCAGCCUGGCGCCCACGCCCCUCCUUCGUUCGUGCGGCCGGUGCCCUUUACCCCGCAUUUCUCUGGUUUGCCGCGUAUUGCAGCCACCACCCGGUCUGCUUCCGCCGUGUUCCACAUGCGCCCCGCCCCUUGCGUGCUGAAGAAGGAAGGAGCGCCACAGAGAUUCGCUGGGCUCGCUCUCUCUCCGGCUCGGUGUUUUUGAGUCGCCCAACUGUUGCGCAGAAUAGUAGAUGGGGGGCCGAAGGGCCUCGGCUUUGCUUGAGGGAUCGCGAAUACUUAGAGGCGCUGCGAGAUCAAAGAGGGCCGCUCUUUUUGAGUAUGGCGCGUCCCGUCCCCCGGUGAGCGCUGGCCAUGGCUAACGACGGAGGGACCCCCCUCGAGGCCUCUCCCGGAGAGGUACCGGGGCGCCAUACUUGUCGAGGUUUUGCAGCUGCUGCAAAGGUCAGGCACUUCGUUGCAGAUAGCCACCGGCCUGCGACAUUUUUCGCCAGCAUUUCCGCAGCACGAAAGGGCGCCGCGCUUCGUUCUGGAUGUGCACCCCGAAAGCCUUUCAAGUGGGGGCCGUUUGGACAAACUUCAGGCGGAGCGUGUCAAUCUGUUUCGUCAUUACCAUAUAAAGAGGAGCACUGCUCGGAGGCAGAUACUCACCUGCGAGGCCCGCGACGACGUCAGCCACUGCGCCCGUUUUAGCCGCUUCUUUUUUUCUGUUUCCCCUGGGUAGCAGGAAAGUUGUCGACCAAUCGCCGAAGCGAACCCUUAACCGCUUUGCCCCUUUACAGGCCUGCGCGCCGCGGUUCGUUCCAUUUCUCCCCCCCCGCGUGUCUGCCAGCAGGCGGGCGGCUGGGUAUGCUCCUUCUCGCCCCCUUGGGUGGCAUCUGCGCCCGAGGAUGCAGAACGUGGCCUGCUAGCGGGCGGCCGCGCGCGGUUUCCUUUCUUUGAGGGCGGAGUCAGUGAAGCGCUUUGGGGAAUUGGGGCGACGAGGGGAAGCGGCGCGCGCUGAGGAAGCCGGGGUCUGAGGGAGCGGGUUUUGGCUCCCCGGCUGCCCCCCGUCUUCGAAGUAAUUACUUCCGCAGCCUCGGAAAGCCCGGGGAGUGCUGUGGUGGGAAGUGAGUCGCGCCAUAUCCGGAAAAAGAGCACGGAGGGCGCCGCCGCUUGAAAAGAGCGGCGCCCGUAUGAGCUGGGCGCUUCCAUUGCUCUUCUUGCAGCGCUGCGCAAGUGCCAGCCAGGGCCGGCGCCUCGGCGGGCGGAGGGCAUGGCAGGGGAAAAAGACAAAGCCCGGCAAACCCCCUGGGGGGUAGGGGUGUUUGUGCCUUUUUUGCCCCGCAUGUUCCGAUACCCCGCAAAAAAAAAUAUAUGAGGCUUCUGCUGGCCAUUCGUAGCCGUGUCCACCAUGGUCAGGUUUAGGAUCUUAGCAGAUUUCCAGUUUUCCAGUAAGGGCGCGCACUGCCGGGUAUGAAAAAUAGCAGAGCGCUAAAAAACGCUGACGCGCACCCUGUAACGAUCUACAAAAGACAACUGUUGGCGGUUUUUCAUCGUAAAAAACCAACGAAAUUUGGGAAAGUGAAAACCACCAGAAGCCUUGCCCUUCUCCGGGUUGCAAAGACUGAAACUAACGAAACCAGUCAGCGGAAGAGAGUUCUGCGAUUUGCGCAGCAACAAAAAUGCUGCGAAGUUCUCACGAGCUUCUAUAAAAAUGCACAGGCUGAUUGAACCUGUCUAACCCUCCGAAGCUUUUGGGAGGAGCGCCGAAAUGUCUUGUCCAUUAUGGUAUAUACAUAUAGAUCAAACCAGCACGCAAGUAGUUUCGCUUCUGUAUAUGGAAGAGUUUUUAAAUGUCAUUCGAAAAAGCUUCGGGAAGCAGCGGCUGUGGAGCUGUCGGUCGCGAACGCAAAAUACUACAACGGCCUGGAGGAGCUCAAAGCCCGUGAUGAACGGCUGCACGAAAUCCACAAACAAAUUUCGGACGUCAACACAAAGCUGGCCAACCAGAAGAGUCUUUAUGAUGCGGUGGUUUCGGAUCGUAUUCAUAUACUUACAUACAUAUCUUUGAAUCGGAUUGCGCUACACUUUUUCACAUUCUGGCCGGCCGGUAGAGUACCAUCAUGAAAGACGAAUUUUCGCAUGUCUGAUCAUAGCAAUGAACUCGGCCACACAUGCGUUGUCCCUUGGGCUUGGCUAGCUCGAUACAAAAGAAGUGAAGCGAUAAAACCUGAAAAACAAAAAAAAAAUAAGCGCUCAGCAGACGCCAUGAAGCGCAAUGCUUUUAUCUGCAGCAAGCGCGUACUACAAGAAAUUUUGCACCCGGCUGCAACAUGUCGCCCGUCCUAAUAUCUCAGCUCCUGAUCUGCGCGGUGCGACAUAUCGCAAGCACCAGAGUGCGAAAAGCCCGCCCUGGAAGAAGGUAGCUUCGCCCAAGUUUCAUAGCUUAGUGUGUGUGUGUGCCUUUGCGUUUGCGCAAGAAAGAGCUUGGAGCGCGCUUCGCAGACCGGUCGUCGUGGUGAGACGUCUCACUCCCACUUAGAUGUCCGGGCCUGACGGGGGAGCUCAGGCCUCGGGUACUCGAAGUCCGUUUUCAGACUGACACUCAGGUCUACGUCUAAUGCGCGAACUCAGAACAAGUCAGCGCUUUUCCUUUGACUGAAGGUCAAACUUAGUGAUCGAAAUCAGACUGAGACUCAACGGGAGUUCGGGUCCUCGGAAAACGCAAGCCCAAAACCCGGACUUAGUCUCACACUUUAACGGGACAAAGUAUAUGCAUGACUAGUUUCUGGUUCGCAAAUGAAAAUACAGCAAAACAGUCCUCUUUAAUUCGGUUACACUUGAUGGUCAUUGCUGCUGCUGUACACUCACUGCACAGGAAACAUGUACUCGAAGAACUUGAUCGCAUCGAACGAGGAAAUCGCGGGCAUGGAGGUGCAGUUCAAGGUGAUGCACAACGAUAUAUCACUAUCAUGAAGAAAAAAAGCCUCCUCUCGGAAGAGUGUGGACGUUCGCACGCUAGAGACAGAAAGAGAGAGGUAGAAGGCCAAGAAAAGUCAUCUCUGGACGUAUUUGUUCCCACCUGUCGGAUGCCACAGGCAUUUCGAGCUGCUGCGCACAAGCGGGCUAUGAAUGAAAGGAGUUGUUCGGAAUAUGGAAUAGAAUGAAAAAUAUGGUAUCCGGGUAGACCAGGGCCCCUGCUCAGACCAGGGCCCCUAGACCAGGGGCCCCUGGACCAGGGCCCCCAUGGACCAGGGCCCCGACGGACUGGGGCCCCUACGGACUGAACGGCGUCCCGGAAUCUGGUACACGGCGAGGCGCGGCCGGAAGCGGAGCUGUCUAGCGGCGUAUCAAGUCGAAAUAAUCUGGGCCUACUAGCGUACAAAUAAUAGUACAGCGUACAAGUAUCUAGCAGCGUACAAGUAUGCGUGUCAUGUAAGUCGUAUUAUCGGGCCAGGAAGUGGAAGUAUGCAGGUCACACGUAAUAUGUGGCGCAGUCUGCUGACUACUCACAGAUCGACGGGCGCCUUUUGUAUUCGAAAUGUUUCGCAGCAACAGCGACAGCACUGCUCGAGUGGACAGUGUGGAUACAGCUCAAACUGCUAACGAGAGACGUCUCGAAUGCAAACGCCCGCAGAGCGAUGCCCCAACUUCUCCAGAUCCAUCCAGACUCCAGCACACCAGAUUCCGGGACACCAGAGUCCGAGACACCGCGCAGGCCCCAGUCCGUACGGGCCCCAGUCCGUAGGGGCCCUAGUCCCAGGGGCCCUGGUCUACACCUUUACCGAAAAAUAUUGCUAAUGAAUAUUAAAACCCAGUCACCGUCAGUUGGGUAAAUCAUUCACUCACCCACUAUGGUGUCACUACAGGGAAGCUGGUAGCUAGAGCUGCAUGACCUAGCGCUCGCAUGUGCUGGUGUGCUGGGCAUCAACAGGAAACGCAUCUGCGUGCUGUGAUAUACACCCAUCGCAAAAUAAAGAGCGAGAAGGCUUUGGCGUUGCCAUAUGGGGCCAUCCCGUAUAUGCUACUUCUAAAGCAAUAUUGCUCAAAUGAACGGAGGCUUUUUUCAAUAUGAAAGUUUCAAGUGAAGGACGAAAUUCGCGAAAAGGAUCACAACCUAAUUCGGGAAAAAUUUGAAGAGCAAAAGUUGGCGAAGGGGAACGAAGCUAUCAGGGAAUCGCUGGAGCGCAGCAGGAAGCGAUUGUUAAAUCUGACCGGCAUCAUUCACACACAGCAACAAGAAGCCAAGAAGCUUGAGAAAGUCAUCCAGACUGCGGAGGCGGAAAAGCUGACACAGCAAAAGGAGUGCAAGGGCGUCGUGGACGAACGCGGGGUCUUGACUAAACAGCUCAUUCGCCGCAACGAAGAACUUGAAAAACUCUACGAAGGACUGAAGGUUCAGCAGUCAAACAUGCUUCACGGCGAAAACGAAUACAAAGCUGUCUGCGACUGUAUUUUUUUUGUCGGAUAUAAAAAACAUACUACACAUCUUUUCCUGGAGCGGUAACGAAGCGUAAUGUAUUUUGAAGGACGUAUUAGACUUAGACACAGUUGAUCGCGAAAAAAAGGCGACGAUGUUUGAGUGCAAAUUAAUAUGUGCCCGGGCGGAUGUGUCUGGGUUCCGGUCAUGUUAGUCAGGGCCAAGGCUAGUCAGGCGCUCUUUCUUCAAUAUAUAUUGCUUCAAGUCUCUAAUAUAAGUAAUGCGAUGGCUAAUGCGUGCGGUCGAUGGUGACCGUGAUGGUGAUCAUGGAUGUCGAGACGAAUUCGCUCGCGAUUUCGUUUCGCUGCUUUCCACCUUCGCAGCUUCUGUCCUCGCCUGAAAGACGACUCGGACCUUGUCCCUUAAGAGCAACGAUUUGGAAACUUCUCAUCAAGGCUAUGAUGAGGCACUCAUCCAAGUCGAAAGCGCUUAAUGGAUUGCAGCUUCAGGCUUUAGAUUGAUUUUGAUAUGAUAGCCCGCUCGACCAUGCUUUUGCCUCUGCGGGUACUGAAUGAGAUCAGCACGCUUUGCUUUGUUGCCCUUGGUCGAGGAGCUGCUGGCCUCUUCGAUGUCCUUCAAAUCUCAUGCGACAGUUGUGUGCGCUUUUCACAGGCCCAUCUGGACGUAUCACGAACUCACCUGAAAAGUCGCCUUCGUAGUGCGCAUUUUUGUUGUUGUAGAUAGUAGUAUGGCGGCAGCAAGGCCCCCCCCGUUGAGAAGCUGCGAUAUCGGUCACUAUACAACACAGCUGUGGUCGACAUGCAGAAACAGAUAGACAAGUUGAAGGACGAGGUGCAAAGGUGUCGUGGGCAGAUGAGUUCUACGACAAACAUCAAGCGGGAGAUCCACCGCCUCGAGCGCGAGCUCAUACACGAACAAUGCAAGGUGAAGCACCUGGAAGAGGAAAUGAAGAACCCCAUGAACGUAGCUGCAAUUCUUUGUGCGUAAGCGCUAUCGUUCUGAUAGCUACCUGAUGUCCAAGGACUUGUUCUUUCUACUAUCAAUACUGGUGAUGUUGUCUUUAGCGAAAGACUAGCCGAUGAAGGAAACACAGUGCGGCUUGCAAUGGGCGAUCGGGCCAGGAUAUAUAGCAAUCCCCAACCACAGGUACAUCGAUGGCGCAGACUGGAAGGGUCAGAUCCGCAGUCCUAUGAGCUGCUACACAACAUUAAGAACUUGCAGCGUAGACUCAUUACAAAAACGGAAGAAGUCAUCGAGUGUGACAUGCUGAUCCAGGAAAAGGAAAAGCUUUAUGUACAGCUUAAGAACAUCCUGGCUCGCCAGCCGGGUGCUGAAGUGUCUGAGCAGCUCACUUGGUACACAAAGUCCCUGCGAGACAAGAGUAACCAGAUGCGGGCCAUGGGGAAGGAGCUUUCCGGAUAUCACAAGUCGUGUGAGGACCUGCGAUUAGAUGUAAACCGUUACAAGAACGAGCUGCAGGCAGCAAAAAGCGACUACUUUGCGCGAAGAAGAAGAGGCGAGCUCUUCACUACCGCCCGCGACUCGCCUGCGAUUGGAAACACCGUCGCAGCGCGCAUGGCACCUGAUGCAGGCGGCGGUAGCGAGACAAGGUGACUCAGAUCAUUAAGUGUGAAGUAUUUGUUGCAGAGAUAUUCAUUUACGGCAUGAACAAGAACUCCUCUAGGAUAUCAGUUGGAUGCGCGACCCCGCAUCGCGAUACUCCUUGACUUGACAUUGGACCCGUCGCAGUCGCGCCCCUUAUGUCUGCGUUUAUAAACGCUCUGCACCAUCAAAAGCGUAACUAGACUCAAAAGUUUCUCUGUUGAAAAAUUCGGAUCAAUAAACGAAAGAGUGCGGCUACAGAAGAUUGUUUAGUUUUUCAGCCUUCGAUGAUAAGCAGCAGAAGAAUGAAAAUUUUCAGAAGAAUCGCUCGAAUUAUCUCGCUAGCCAGCACCGUUUUUUUUUGCAAAUUAUGCACUGGUUCGAAAGUGGACACGGAAAAUUGACAAGCCUCGAUGGAUAUGGAUCAAAAAUUACUGCCUAAAUCAUCGAAGAUUUUUUCCUCCAAUGAAGGUCAAAAAAAUCGAUACUGCAAAAAUAUUGGGUUUUACCCAAAAAAGAUGUUCCUUAAAUUUGAGAUCAGUCGCGUUAACAGGUUUGAACUACAGGAGGUAGCAGCUCCGGAACCGCAUGAAAAGUGUUGACAAAUAUCGAGGCAUUCAGCGGCUCGAUACGCCAAGGCGUAGAGGAUCGCACUUUGCAUUUUGCUGACCCUACGCGAGUCCGAAGAUCAGGAGAAUUAGGAAUAGUUGAAAAGAGCGCACGCAUGCGUAUACGCUUGAAAAUGACAGUUGUUGUCUAUGACGUGGCCUGGGUACGCGCAGACGAGUCGUCGCACCAAAUCUUUUGCAGGGCUUUGCAAUGAUAAUGUUUGCGCGCUUUUCAU